CUAAAACAUUUUCAAAACAACGAAUAAUGUAUCCAUUAAGUUUAUUUUCAUUUUUUGAUUCUUGAUGAAAUGGAUGACAUCAAAACAGCUCUCGAAGUGGAGUUAGAAAGACUCAGAAAACUGGUGAGAAAAUACAGAACCGACAGCAUUGUUUUUGCAAAGCCAAGAAAAAGCAGAAGUUUAGAAUAUAACAAGACGCAUAACUCCGACGUGAACAACGGCUUAUCUAGCCUUUCGCCUGGGGCAAAUGCAGUAGACUACCAACAACUACCUUCAUCGAAUUCAUCUAAAUCGCGUUGUGUACAGUUUGCCACAACAAAUAAUUGCUCUGAAGACUGCAACAGUUUUCCUGAUGGUGAUCAGACUUUCUAUCAACAUGGCAGACCUUCACAACGUCGGACUCGUUUCCUUGAUCCCCUCAAAAAUACCGGCACACUACCCUUACAUCAUCCAUUACCGAAAUAUACACCUGAAGAGGGUAACCUAACUUAUACUGCCCUAGAUUUAAUUGAAAGGCGAAGGUUUCAAGAAUCAUUUCUGCAUUUACAUGAAUUCUAUCGUACACACUAUCCUCUUGACAGCGAGCUAGUUAUUGAAUUAAGAACUCUUCGUGGUGUCUACGAACACACAGGUGGUCGUAAUCUAGCUCUUAUGGCUGCUCUUGAAAACACUCUUGAAGAGGCAUUGAAAGUAGAAAAAGACAGAAGAUUAGGUACACUGGAUGAUAUAAAUGCAGCCAGAAAAACGGAUUAUUUUUCACCUCGAUAUGAAAGGGAUUAUCGAUGGCAAGCAGCAGUAAGAGCCUAUGAAAUUGAACAGGCGAACAGAGAAUUUCGACUGAUACAAUCCGAGUUGGAACGACUUAAAGCAUUACAAGCAGAAAGACGGAAAUAACAAAAAAAUAAUAUAGUAUCCAGUAUAAAUUGCUGAUCAAGUAAAAACAAAAACAAUGCGUCGGUAUAUUCAUUCCUUCAUUCAGGAUUUAUAAUUUUAUGAUAUUUAUUUGUUGCUUUGGUAAAAAGAAAAUUCACUAUUCUACAAAUUACACACUUCAAUUUCAGUCGUGUCUAUUCGUGUGUAAAUCAUGUGUAAUAAUUCAAUUCACCACCAUGAUUUGAAUUCAAAAUUAUUAAUAAUAAUAAUAACAGUAACAAAGCGUUACUCAAUCUCAUGUAUGCGCCAAUUUCGUCUAUGCAAGGCAGCUUGGACAGAUUGAUUAGUGUUCAUCAUUGGAAGCUUUUCCAACUAUAACAGAUUUAAGAUUUCCUAUGAGCAGUGAGCAUUUCGAAAAAGAAAAACAUUUCGUCUACUCUCUGAUUACUUAGUUUACAUCCUUGAUUUAUUUUCAACUAGAAUUAAUUUCACAUCUAUAUAUAGUUUUCUAAUUUAGAGUACCAAAUGAAAAUCGAUGUUUUUAGAAGAGGAAAACACAAACUCAAAAGAAGUGAAGAAGAAGAAAAAGAAAUAGUAGAUUUCACAAGAAUGUAAUCUGCAGAGAUUGUAGCGUUAUUAGCCUUUUCAAUUUGUUCAAUGUUCCAAUAUUAUAUUGUAACGACAAAGUGUGUAAAAAACAUUUUCUUUUUUGAAAAAACUAUUUAUUAUAUUACUGCUUGACUUAAUAUGUGAUAUUGUACAGUGAACUGAAAUAGAUUUUCUAUUUGUCAGUUUUAUGUUACCCAAUAAAUGGC